AUGUCAUCUUUACCAGAUCAAUUGAAAGGCUUUUUAACCAGUAUCGAUAGAGUAUGUCUUUUUUUUUUUUUUUUUUUUUUUUUUAAUCAAUUGAUUACAUCGGAAUUUCAAAUCAUACUAACUCAACGAAAAGAAUACAGGUAACUUACCAUUAUUAAAUCAUUUUGAAAGAAAUACUGGUUUACCAAGAUCUUAUGCUAUUUUAGGAUUUGUUGCCGUCUAUUUUAUUUUAAUUUUUUUGAAUUUUGGUGGUAUUGGUCAAUUAUUAUCAAAUUUUGCAGGAUUCUUAUUACCAGGUUAUUAUUCAAUUUUAGCAUUGCAAACUUCAACAUCAAAAGAUGAUACUCAAUUAUUAACUUAUUGGGUUGUAUUUGCGUUUUUCAAUGUAAUUGAAUUUUGGUCAAGAGCAAUUUUAUAUUGGGUACCAUUUUAUUAUUUAUUCAAAACUGUAUUUUUAUUAUACAUUGGUAUUCCUUCAUUUGGAGGUGCUACAUUGAUUUAUAACAGUAUUAUUAAACCAAUUUCAGAUCAGUAUGUGAAACCAGUAGCUGCGUCAACAACAAAUACAGGAGUAGGUGCACAACAUACAACUUCUCAUCACAAUUUAUCAAAUAAAAUUGAUGAUGCUUCUGAAGGUAUUUCUAGCUCAGUUCAUAUUUAA